AUGUGGCUCCUACCACAGACAUUGGUAGCUCUCCUGGGCGUGGCGGCCGUCUCCGCGCUCCCCAAGACCUGCCACGCCCCGGAGCUCCCUCUCCCCCUGCGACAAAUCUAUCGAUUCCCAUCCUUCCCUACCUACCUGGAAAGUAUCUACGUGCGCUCCAACGGCGACCUCCUCGCCGUGACCGCCUUCCCCGACGCCUCGCUCUACUACCUCACCGGGGUGACCAAGGCAAAUGACCCGGACGACCCGCCCACAGUAACCCUAAUCCGCGCCUUCGACGAGGUGAACACCCUAACCAGCAUCAUCGAAACCCAACCAGACAUCUUCACCAUCGUAGCCGGCAACACCUCGACCUACGCAACCGUCAUCCCAGGGACCUUUGGCGUGUGGGAGCUCGAUCUCCGUCCCACCAAAAACAACAGCAAGCAGCCCCCACAGGCCCGGGAGAUCGUCCGCAUCGCCGGCGGCGGCUUCAUGACCGGGAUGGACACGAUCUCGCCCACCACCGUGCUGGUGUCGGACGGCUCCAACGGCCUCGUCUGGCGCGUCGACCUCACCACUGGCGCCUACGACCUCGCCAUCCAGGUCCCCGCCAUGCAUUACCCGCCCUGGGCGUCUGCGCCCGUCGGCGUCAACGACAUCAACAUCCACAACGGCUACCUGUACUGGAGUAAUGCCUUCGCGGCGACGCUGUCACGCAUCCGCCUCACCGACGACGGGUACGCGGCGGCCGGGGCGGAGAGUGAGCUGGUGGCCGAGGUGCGCUCCAUCUUCUUGGACAAGUUCACGUUCGGGGGUGGGAACGCGGACGGGAAAUACGAUCGCGAGACGAUCUGGGCGAUGACCAAUGCUGAUAGUCGCGUGUUGGCGAUCACCCCAGAGGGGGAGAUCUUGACCGUGGCCGGGCAGUCGGAUCAGAUGACCGUCGCGGGGUCGACAACGGGGGCAUUUGGGAAGGUGAAGGGGGAUACGAAAACGCUGUAUGUUCUUACUGGUGGGGGAAUAAAUUUUCCAAUCAAUGGGUCGAUGGUGGAGCCGGGGAAGAUUGUGGCCAUUGAUACGGAGGCGUUUUGGUAG